CUGUAGGCUACAGCAUCAGCUAUUUAUUCUUUAUCAUCUAUCUAUAUCUAAUACACUGCUUAUAUCUAUAUCAAGUAGUUAGUAGUAGUAGAAGUAGAAGAAGAGAAAGUCAUAGGGUCAGGGCAGCACAACUGCACCGCGAAAAGUGCACGAACCAAAACAAGAUUUGUAAACACAACAACAGCUAGGCAUUCACACUCGCAACAGCACCGCGAGUACUUCUGCAGAGAAGCAGAGAAGAGAAGAGAAGAGGGAAGAAAGGAAAAGAGGAUAAUUGAAGAAGUGAAGGAUACUGUGAAUUGAAGAGAUAGAAAGAUCUGGUGAGCUGCGUUUGUGAAGAAGCGCGACUAUCGCGAUCACCGCGUCUCUCAGCACAACACAGCUACUACUACUACUACUACUACUACUACUACUACUACUACUACUACCUCUACAACAACAACUACUACUUCUACAACAUCUACAACAACAUCAGCAGCCAUGAAGUCAACACUAGCAGGCACAAAGCGCAAACCCCGCGACCUCCCCUCCCAACACAAAGAGAACGCGCAACAACAGCAACAACAACAACAACCACCUGAAUCAACCACCAAACGACGACGCGCGGCAGCGGUGGCUGCAGACUCGAGGAUACAGCAAAGCACACGGAAGUCAACACGGCGGAAUCCGAUUCCGGUGGCGGCGGAGGCAGAUGGCGAGUUUAUGUUUACGCGCGUGAGGAAUUUACCGCCGCCUGAGCCGGUGCUGGAGUCUCCUGCUGCUGCUACAAAAGCAGCAAAGACACAGAAGACGACAAAGACGAUAAAGAAGAAAGAGACGAAAUUUUUCAGCUUCAAUGACGACGAAGAGGAGCAACCCGAAAGCUCAACCACGAUAGUCUCGCUGCCGUUGACAGACACGCCAAUGAUACGACGCAACAAAGAACUUCGCCAGCAGCAAGGCAGUCGACGAAGCAGUCUCGGCAUGCGGGGCAAGCGCGCGAGCUCGCUCAGCAACGGGCUUGUCGCCGUUCCGCACGCGGAUAUAAAAACAGACGAGUUUUUCAAGCAUCUGGACGCGGACCUGCCGGAUCCGCAUCGCAUGCGGCAGUUGUUGUCGUGGUGUGGACAUCGGGUGUUGGCGGAGGAGAAGGAGGCGGAUAAGAAGAGUAGUAGAGCGAAUAGGGCGCGGGGAGGAGGGGCGCCUGCUACUGCGAUCACGAGGGUGAUUGAAGAGGAGAUUCUGAAGGACUUGACCGACGGACGGAUAUCAACCAGCUGGUGGAGCCGACCUGACGAGGAAGACUUGCCAAAGAAGCCGAAUCCGCAGAACGUUGCCAACCUGGAGAAGAUUGACGAGUUCACCAAGCGUCUGGAGCGUCUACGCGCCGAGAAGAAAGCAUGGACAGAAGUAGAGAACGACAUCAAACCCCCGAUCCCCCCCUCGACAAACAUCGACGUCUCCCUCCUUCUCCCCAAAGAAGCCACCUUCCUCGCGCGCCAGGAAGAAGCCGCCUCCACCCCCGCCGCCGAGGCCAAGCUCGACACGCUCAAAGACCGCGCGAGUAAUGUGGAAAUUGAGACCGACAAGCUUGUGCACGGAAUGCACAGUAUCGAGCAGCUCGCGCGGGCAGCGGGCAAGUACGCGGACCGCGUGCGGGCGGACGCGGCAGGGGUGGUGGAGAGGAAGGAGAGGCAGGCGCAGAAGGUUGCCGGGACGGAGGAUCUCGAGAUGCGGGAUGUGCUGCGGUCGCUGUCGAAGGUGGACCGGUUAUGAUCUAAUGUGUUGUAUUGUAUUGUAUUGUAUUGUAUUCUAGUUAUGUUUUGUGUUGUUUAGGAUGUACAAUAGAUGGGAGGUUCACAGUUAAGA